AUAGGCUCAAAGAUUUCAACGAGUGGUGCAGGAAAAACCAAAGAUCCGCUUUGCUGGGGGACCAGAAACUGCAGAUUUCUUGGAGUCCUUUCGUUGCAACCAUUUUGAAGCAGCUCCUAUUCAAACGGUUCAACAGCGUGGAGGUUCAUCCCCAUAGCACUUCCGCACUCGGAGCAAAAGGAAAAGCAUAUUACACCAGACUUGGAUAAGUUGAAGUAACGCAUGAGUAGGCAUUUUCCUCUCUGUUAUUUCUCUUACCUUUAUGACUCCUCCCUGCUUCCUUCUCUUGAUGAAAUGAUAAAUCUAUGACUAUAACUUACAAAGUUUAACUUCUUCCAUACAUGGGCGUUUCGGUAGUUCCACGUUAACAGAGACAAGCAAAGAAAGCUUAGCUGCAGGUGUGGGAGUCAGACGGUCAGUUGGUCACCAACCGCUGAAUCAACAUCAUCACGCUGUGUCUUGUGGAAUCGGGUCAUGAGGUCAGAAUCUCCCAAUACGAACCCAACCAAUCCAAAAAUCGGGAAAAUAGUAGUAAUCGUAUAAAAUCCCACGAGUCCUUUAUUCCAUGGUCUCGGUAAUAACUAUAAAUAUGGGAAUUCUCGCCCUUUUAGCCAAUCCCGGCGCUCCAUUCCGAUGCCAUGCCCUCCUCUCUCCCGGCGCUUUUGCUCCUGCUCCCUCUUCUCCUUUCCCGCCCUCCCUUGACCGCCUCCCGACCCUUCCCGGCGAACCAACCCGAUGGGCCGGACCGGUCCCACCUUCCGCCCCGCCGCUCCGGUGACACGUGGCGCUCCUUCGAGCGCCUCCUCGACGCUAAGCGCGGGACCCACGUCCCCGGCAUCGCCGACCUGAAGCGCUACUUCGCCCGGUUCGGCUACUUCCCCGGCCCGACCUCCCACCUCAGUAACGACGCCUUCGAUUCUCGGUUCGAGUCGGCCCUCACCCUCUACCAGACCCGGUUCGGCCUCCCCGUCACCUCCAAGCUCGACGCCCGCACCCUCUCCCAAAUCAUGACCCCCCGAUGCGGCGUUCCCGACUCGGUCACCGCGAACCGCACCGGCGCUGCCCAGCGGUUCGCGUUCUUCCCGGGUGAACCACGGUGGGUCCGGUCCGGCGAGCUGACGCUGACAUAUGCCAUCGCCCUCACGGACGCCGUGGGCUAUAUCCCGAAGGCGGAAGUGGCGGCGGCGUUCCGGCGGGCGUUCCGGCGAUGGGCGAGCGUAAUACCGGUGAGGUUCGAGGAGGCGGCGCAGUACGAGGCGGCGGAUGUGAAGGUGGGGUUCUAUAUCGGGGAUCACGGGGACGGGGAGCCCUUCGACGGGGUGCUGGGGGUGCUGGCCCACGCCUUCUCGCCGGAUAGCGGGCUGCUCCACCUCGACGCGGCGGAGCGGUGGGCGGUGGACUUCGGGGCGGAGGGGUCGAAGGUCGCGGUGGACUUGGAGUCGGUCGCCACGCACGAGAUCGGGCACGUCCUCGGUCUGGCUCACUCGCGGGUCAAGGACGCGGUCAUGUACCCGAGUCUUAGCCCGAGGACGCGGAAGGUGGAUCUCACCGUGGAUGACGUGGAAGGGGUGCAGGCGCUCUACGGGUCCAAUCCUAACUUUAGCUUUAGCUCGCUCUUGGAAUCCGAUACUUCUUCCGCUCCAAAGAUUAUUAGUCGUAGUCGGAUUAUUGGAAGAAGUUUUAUAGGAAUUCUUGUGGCGAUGAUUGCGUGGUGCAUAUGAUUUGGUUGUUGCUACCUAGUAUACCACCUUGGAUAAAUUCAUCCAAUUUUCAAAGAAGAAGGAGAAGAAGAAUUCUUCUCGUUCUUCUUCUUUUUUUUUCCCCCAAAACUUUUACAGAAAGGUUGGAUUAAUUGGAGCGAAGUGGAGACUAAGAUGUAGCCACAGCAUCCAAUAGGCUUUAGGUGUGUUCUUUGUUAUCCCUUAGGCGAGGGAUGAAAGAAAAUUGUUUAGCUGCUAAUUAAUUUCUCUAUCUUGUUUUGUUAUAUGCUAUCGGGUUUGUUUUAUGAUAGGAAUCGAAAGAGUUCGUUCAAGAGGUAAGCUGUAACCCCCUCUCCUGGGCUUUGCAUGUAUUUUUUUUAUAUAUUAUUAUUAUCAAUGAGAAGAGGAAUUUGAAAGACAAGUAGGGAUUGUUUUUGUUAUGUGGUUUCUUUUUGGUUUGUUCUCAAACUUUUACACAGUGCUCAAGGUCUACUUUCUUGGUCAGAAAUUAGUGAAAUAUUCCACAAAAGAAGAAGAUUUUCUCGUUGAUGGGGACCACAAUAUGCCGUGUCUCGUGGAAUUUGUUGAAAUGAAGUACAAGCGCAAGACUUCGUUAUGUUAUCUGUCACGCGCGAGAGGCGGGAGCACUCCGUGCUUGGCCAUGAGUGCUUUGAGAUCUGGACGAUGAAUCGAUGACCUCGAUCUCGACGUCACAAUGGGAGAAGCGUGUCUUGCUCGGUAAGGGUUAAUUAUUUGUGUCAAUUAAUCAAAUGAGUGUUGUCACACGGAAAGCUACGGCCAAGUCAACCAUCAUGAUGGAUAAGUCUUCUUA